UGGCUAGGACGCUGGGCCGAAGGAGAAGGGUUUCGCAAUCGCCGCUCGCCUUCACUCACCAGUUUAAAGAAAGAGACUCGGGCCCAGCCCGUGCCCCCCUCCCUGAUCGGUACCGGUCUCGAUCCCCGGGCCAGGUGAGGCGCGGGGCCGCCCCGCCGUGCGCAGAGACCCCCUCCUCCCGUCCUUGGUUCAACUUGCCCUUAAUCCAUGUGAAGAUUUGCUGGCAACAUAUUAUAGAAGUUAAUAACUUCUAUAAUAUGUGGGGUUGUGGUGUUAAAGAAGAGUCUGUCCAAAUGAGCAAAACAUCACAGCUGAACACCACUACAGAAGCAAAUGGUAUAAGUGUGAUUCACACACAAGCACACACAAGUGGUUUGCAACAGGUUCCUCAGCUGGUGCCAGUUAGUCCUGGUGGUGGAGGCAAAGCUGUGGCUCCAAGCAAACAAGGCAAAAAGAAUUCCUCUGUGGAUAGAAACAGUGAUGAAUAUCGCCAACGCAGAGAGCGCAACAACAUGGCGGUGAAAAAGAGCCGGUUAAAAAGCAAGCAGAAAGCACAAGAUACGCUACAGAGGGUCAAUCAGCUUAAAGAAGAAAAUGAACGUUUGGAGGCAAAAAUUAAGCUCUUGACAAAGGAGCUUAGUGUACUUAAAGACUUGUUUCUUGAGCAUGCACACAAUCUUGCAGACAAUGUGCAACCUAUUGGCACUGAAAACACCACCACAAACCCAGAUAACACCGGACAGUAGACACAAACUUCAAACUUCACAACCGCGUGGACUGAACAUUAGAGGUGCAGCCCUCUCUGCACACUCAUUCAGUACAGAGAAGGAAUGCUGUUCUAACUUUUUAAAGAUCAUCUUGUGGGUAUUUUUUCUCCUUUUAGGUUUAACACUGAAAAUUUGAUACAAAUAAAACGUAAACUGUUUUGAGUAUGUUUUAAAGUGUUAAAUAUUUUCUGCUCUGAAAGGUUUGGUUAAACAAGUAAAAAUGAUCUAAAUGGACAAAACCAGGAGCCUGUCAGUGAAAUUGAAUUUCUACAGCAAUGUACAUUCACCAUCUUAUAUUUUGCAUAUUGUAAGGAGUACAGCUGGGAGGUUUUACUGCAAUACUGAUGGAUAAUUAGAUGAAAUAUCUGUUCAGUACCCUUUAAAAUGUAUUUCUUAAGCAGUCUUUUCUACAUUGUGUAUUACAAAACUUCAAAGGCCAGGGCAGAAAUUUGUUUUCUAAUUUGGUGGGCUACCUCAAAUGUGUAGCACAAGCCCUACCCAAGAUAAUGUACAUCUCUCUUAGUUAUAGUUAACAGGGAGUGCCUACUAACAGUGCCUAGUAAUGGUGAGCCAGGGUGCUUACUAAUGUUUUCUAAAGACUACUACAUUCUUUGUGAGAAAUUGUAAUGUAUUAUGACUGACAGACAGAAAAUUGGCUCACAACCUGUAAAUGGCUAUCCGGAAGCAUCAUGUAUAGGAGAUAAAGUAGAACAACAUUUUAUUUUUAUAACCCCUUUAAGCCUGUGUUCAACAUGCUAGCAUUAUUCCUAUGGUGACUUUGGGUCCUUAUAGCAUCAUGUUUUGGUCUCCUGAAAAUGUUUAAGUUCUGUAAAAUAAUUGCUUAUUAGAAUCACACUGCUGCCAAGGUGCAGGUAUUGGGAUGAGAGUAACAUACACACAUUGACUAAAGCAAUGAAAGGGCUAAUGCAGAACAUCUGUUCAAUCACAAUGUAGACUACUUGAUCCUUACUACCAUACAAUACCAGGUAUAUGGCUGUUUAGUUUAGCAACUGAUAUCUUGCAGAAAACCAAAGUAAUUUAAAAAAGAAAUGCCCUUAGUUUGAAUAAACUGAUGCAGCAGACUUCCUAUAGACACCAAUGCCAUGCGAAGGAGUAUCUUGAAUCUUGUUUUAUUUUGAUGAAACAAACAGUUUCUCUCUAACAAUGUUUUUUUUUUCUUAAAUUUGAUAAAUCCCCUACUGUGACCCAUAACGCAGCAGUAUAUUAUACUGAGGAGUUAAACUAGAAAAGUGAAGCAGGAGCUUUGAUGUAACCUUAAUUUAUUUUCAUUUUUAAAUGUUCCAUUUAUAGUAUGUGUGUUACAUAUAACCCGUGUGUCUGGCUAGUGAACUAUUACCUGAUUUUUAUUUCCCUCCUACACUACUUGUUUCCAUACUUGACUUUGUAGUAUGAUUGUGUGUAUUGCGUAUGUAUUUAGGAGGAGAACUUGGGUAAGAUCUUGGUUAGAUGCUAAGUUAGAAAAUAAAACUUUCAAAAAAUC